AUAUCAUAUUAUGUCAAAAGGUCAAAAGUCAUUUUUUACAAAGGUAGAUAAGUAAUUUUUGUUUUCUGAUAUUAUUUUGUCAGUACGUUUAUCUAGGCAAGGUCUAAUUUUAAUCCAGAGUAUAUUUUAUUCAUAUACGGGAAGGUUUAAUGUGAGAAUUUGUAAGGGCUAAUGAAAAUUACGAAGGAGGAGUAGAAGAAGUGGAUGUCUCUGAAAAUGUUCUUGUGGAUUCAAUGACUACCAUGGCUCUGACUCCUGACCUUAUUGUAUCGGCAGAUGGAGCCACUGAUGAUGAUACUAGAUUGACACUUGCAUAUGAAAACUUGUACGAAGUGCCGCGAACGAUUGUCGAAAGGUUUUCGGACCAUAUCCAGUACCUCGACAUUAGCCAUAAUAAAAUUACCAAUCUGGAUGCUGUUGUGCACUUUAAGCAUUUGACAUCUUUAAUAGCUGACGCCAAUCCAAUCACAGAGCAAUGCGCUAUCCCACCAUUGCCAAAACUACAAUUGCUAUGGUUAAACCACUGCAAAAUUUCAUCACUUUACCCCUGGGCGGGCAAAUUAAAAGAGUCAUGCCCUAACUUGGUGCAUAUAAGUCUGAUGGGCAACCCUGCUGCACCGAGUUACUUCAAUGGUGGCACUUUCUAUGAAUAUCUUCAAUAUCGGUUAUUUGUAAUUUCUAAAUUUCCUUCACUAAACCACUUGGACGAUCGGCGAGUGACGGAAGACGAGAAAGCUGAGGCAAACCGCCUGUACAGGAGGCCGCUGGUGGAAAGAAUAGUGGACCCAGGGUCGGGGGGCCUGUCGCAGUUGAUUCAUGGCUCUGUGUCUUGGAACGCCUUCCAGAAGAAGAUGAAUUCGCUGUGGACGCGAGAGAAGCAGGGGCCUAGGAAUCUGUUGAUAUAAUUUUUUAAUAAAGGUGCAAUAUUUAGAAGAUACCCCCGUGACGUUUAGUCCAUACCCACCUAUUCCUAUAUUUCUUUCGGGAUAAAAGCACUAGAGGAUUAUCUUUCUGAUACAUUUUAAGUCCAUUGUACAAAAUAUUUAAUUUUAUCACUUGUCCUAUCACCUAUUCCUGCUGCCAAAUAACAAUGCCUGCACUGUUGUGUUCCAGCCUGGAGGGUGAUGAGGGCCAGUAUAAUUGAGGCUGUGAGGCAUUCCAUACUUCAGAGGUGACAACGCAUCUAUAACUUUCUUUGUCUGGGGGCGUUCAAGUAUUACGUAACGCAAUUUUUGAAGAUUUUUGAAUUUCUUUACGAAAGUUACUUAACACUCAACUGAUCAUUUUUACCCAAAAGUCACAAUUAUGUUGCGCAUAGUACCGCUAAAAUACCUCUGUUAUUGUUUUAAUCUCGUGUGUGGUAAUAAUAAAUAAAACAGAUUUCUAACUCGCAAUACAUGCGUAUAUUGUUCAUUUAAUUUAUUCAUAUUGUCAUUUAAUAAACAAUUACACAUAAUGAACGAAAAAAAAAAACUACAACGAUGUGCUUCUGCGUAAGUAAACACAAACGAAUAUUGACAAGUGACAACAAAAACAAAAUAAAAUUGACGUACAAUACAGUCGAGGGAUUCUCCGCAAAACAUUCACGAAAAGGGUUGCCAACGUGGGAGAUUUUAAUUCCCCAGUUUUUUUAAAUAUAAAUAAAAAACAAUGUACGUAACGCGUUGUUCGAACCCCCCUUCCGCCCCUGUAAGGCAUUCGAACCCCCCUUCCGCCCCUGUAAAGCAUCGUAACGUUUUACAAGAUCCCCCUUCCCCCAAAUUGCGUUACGUAAUACUUGAACGCCGCAUUUGCUGCAGGUGACCAUGGGUUACACUAGCCACAUACCAUCAGGUGGACAGGUGAACUGCACUGGCCAGGGGUAGAGACAAGUAUAAAAAACAAUUUUUGGCUGCAGCGGGUCCGGGGCUGCUUUCCGUGCUACACCACUGACUUUAUCCAGCAGUGAUAUGAUUACUUACUGAUGAUGAUAUGUUACCAGAAAAUAUUAGAGUGUAAUAGUUUAGCAUAAUAUUAUUAUAGUCUUAAGUACUAGAUUACCGUAUCUUAAUGGCUUUAUCAUGGCUAAACCGUAACAGCUAGAAUGUCAUAUUAAAAAACAAAAAUUUCCAGCAAUAUUUCUUAAUAACAACUAUCGUCACGUUUUGCAUAACAUACUCACUAUUUAUAAAUAAAUGCACAGAUUACUUAAAAUGCAGAGCGUGUCUUAUCUCCUUUCAAUAUCUACAUAGUUAUGCCAAUACAGGUUACCUAAGUAAAACAAUGAUUAUCAAUAUGUCACAAAUGUGUAAUGUAAAUAUUAGUUAAUGGAGUGAUGUAAUCGCUGACAAUAAUUAAAAUGUGGGUUGUAAUGUUCGACAAUAAUUGUAUUUAAUAAAACACAUACUUCUC